UCAUUUCUCAGAUCAGGACAAGGACUACUGACCAAGGAUGUAGACAAGGAUGACUCUAAUACCACACCAGGAAAUCUGGAAUUAUUUGCCAGGGUCCAGAACCUACCAAAAUGUCCUUCGAGACUAAUAUAAAGGGCGAUAGUUUGGGAUUUUCAAACAGUGUCUCUCAGGAUUACCGUACAGAUCCACAAUGGUCGCGUCCCGGCAAGGCGCGUCCCGGCACCUUAUCAAACUUUUUCUCCUGCUAGCACUACGUACAUCCUCAUCUGCGUUCAUUUUGAACUGGUUUACGGGAAAAGAUCACGAUAAUUAUCAAGCUGGUGAUGAAAGUGCUGAAGUCGAAAUAAGGUCGAAUGGUGAAGAAUGUGGUCCAAACAUGGAAUACAGUGAAUGUGGCGGUUCAUGCCAAGCGACAUGUGAGAACCCAAAUGCAGUGUGUACUAGUGUAGGUGUUUGCCUAGCAGGAUGCAGCUGUAAAGAUGGUCUAGUACGCCAAGGCGACCAGUGUAUACCAUUGAGUGAAUGUCGAUGCGAGUACGAUGGCAAAUUCAUGGACAAUGGAGAUAUUAUAAAGUUGGACUGUAACGAAUGUACUUGCAACAGUGGGACAUGGCAGUGCACUGAAAAUCAAUGUGGAGCUACCUGUUGGACAGCCGGCUUAGGCUUUUUUAAAACAUUCGAUAGUAAGUUCUACUACCACGAAGGAAACUGCGAGCACUACCUUGUGAAAGACUGUCGAAAUGAAGGCUUACCAUACGAGAUCCGAUUGAGUACUGAGAACUGUUAUGCAGAAGCCACCGGCGAAGACAACCAGUGCCGCAAAGCUAUCAAAAUAUUACACAAAGGAACUGAAGUUCGUAUUGGAUAUGCAAGUGAAGUGAUAGCUGAUGGGGAAGAGCUUGCCAACUUCCCGUGGUCGGAAUCGGGAAUAUUCAUAGAAAGGCCCGCCUUGCAUGUCAUCAAGAUAACUUUAGAUAUAGGAUUUGAGAUAUUGUUUGAUGAGAAGGCCCGUGUUCAGAUUUUCGCAAGCAAUGACCUUGUUGGUGCAACGUGUGGUUUAUGUGGGACUUUCAACAACAACAUUGCUGAUGAAUUUCUAAUUCCUUCAGGAGCUGUGGAAACAAACAAAGACUCUUUCUGGAAUAACUGGUUGGUGGAUUCAACAUGUAUUCCAAGUUACACCCCCAUUGUUCCAUCAUGUAUUGUAUACGAGGAGAUGCAACCAGUAGCGAACGAACUUUGCGCCAACAUAUUGAAUCCAUUAGGCCCAUUUGCAGCCUGUCAUGCAAAAAUUGACCCGAAUCCGUACUACGCUACUUGCCAGUCGGACGUCUGCAGUUGUACAGAUGCCUCCUCUUGCCACUGUAGCAUUUAUUCACAGUAUGCUGCAGAUUGUAGCGCCAAACUUGUUAAAGUAUCAUGGAGAUUAAUAACAAAGGGAUGUCAUGUUAAAUGCCCCAGCGGAACGGAAUACAACGAAUGCCACAAUUCAUGCAAUUCGUCGUGUAGAUCCCAGGUGUCCGAUGUGCAAUGCCAUGACACAUGUGUAGCCGGAUGCUCAUGUCCUCCUGGUCAGGUCUUUGACGCCAAUGGCAACUGCAUCCCAGCAGAUAGAUGUCAUUGUGAGGCUUUCGGGCGCAUAUUCGAUGCUACUGAUGUGCUUAGCCUAGACUGCAGUACUUGCACGUGCGAUAAAGGUUCAUGGAGCUGUGAACCAGCAGGUUGCACCUGUGGUGAAAAUGCAGAGUACAGUAACUGUAUGAUGCCACGUCAGUGUCAGAAAACUUGUGCAAAUAUUGGAAGUGAUGCAGUGUGCCCCGACACAGCUUGUUUUCCCGGAUGUCAAUGUUCUCCUGGUUAUGUCCUAGAUGAAGGAUCCGGAAGAUGUGUUCUUCCAGUGGACUGUUCCUGCUAUCAUGGAGGAGUAGCCUAUCCAUCCGAAUCAGAAGCAAAUCUUGGCUGCAAAAGUUGCUUUUGUUCCGGUGGCAAGUGGACUUGUAACGAUACAGAAUGUCAAGGUUCCUGUAUGGCGUGGGGUGAUUCACAUUUUAAAAGUUUUGAUGGCCGAAUGUUCGACUUUACUGGCGACUGUCAAUAUGAUUUUAUCAGCGUAGAUGAUUUUGAUAAGAAGAUCAAAUUCAAUAUUGGAAUACGAAAUCAAGUGUGUAGCUCUUCUGGCUUGACAUGUCUCAAAGCUAUCAUCAUUAAGCAGUAUGAUCAAGUUACAGAUGUGUGGAAUACGUUAAGGCUUGUACAAGGUGCGCCUGUGAUUGCACCAAGUCACAAUGGAUUCAAUGUCAAGCAGCGUGGUAAAUAUGUGAUUGUGGACUCAUGUCUUGGCUACUCAGUUUUAUGGAACAGAGGAACAUGGUUACAAGUUAAGGCUCAACCUUUCCUAAGAAACAAGGUUCGUGGGUUGUGUGGCAAUUUCGAUGGAGAUCAGUCAAACGAUUUUCAAACACGAGACGGACUGGAUGUCAUAUCAUCAUUGGAAUUCGGAAACAGCUGGAAGGUGCAUAGAACCUGUCCUGAUACGAGCCCAAUUGAGGUAGACUCUUGUGCGUCUUCUUCACAUAUGAAGUUGUGGGCACAGAAAAAAUGCAGCGUUAUCACAGGAUUAACGUUUCAAGUAUGCCACGGUCAUGUUUCUCCAGAACCUUUCUAUGAGAAAUGUGUCUCCGAUACAUGUGCUUGUGAUUUUGGUGGUGAAUGUGAAUGUACAUGUACUGCUAUUGCUGCGUACGCCCAAGAAUGUAACGACAAUGGUGUGCACAUUUCAUGGAGGUCUGAUAAACUAUGUCCAAUGCAAUGUAACGGUGGAGAAUCCUGUCUUAUGUACAGCCCAUGUGUCGAUAUCUGUGGUGGUAUGUGUAUAGAAGGUUGCUGCCCUAAGAAUUCAUUAUUAUACAAUGGAGUCUGUAUUGAACCUGAUAUGGAAUGCCCAAGUUGCAACGGGUAUCCAGUUGCACAAUAUUAUGGUAUUCAAUAUAGUUAUCAUUAUUAUGAAUUAUACUGGACUGUCAUUGGUGGUUAUAAGGUGUCAUGGUCAUACAUGGGAAACGCGUAUUGUUGGACACAGUGGUUUGACGACGAAAACGGUAGCAAUAUAUCUCCUUCUGUUGCAUUUGAGAAUGAAUCUAUCGACGAUAUCUUUUUACAAUAUCCAACCAUGAGCUGUCAGAAGCCUACAGGAAUCCAAUGUCAAACAAUUGAUGGACUUGCAUAUGAUAAGACAUCACAAACAGUAAAAUGUGAUAUUAACUUUGGCUUAAGUUGUUCGAAUAGUGAAGGACAAACAUGUUUUAACUACAGGAUUAGACUGAUAUGCCCUGAAUUAUGUAGCCAACAUAUAAUUGCUGAUUCUGAUGUCAUAGUCGGUCCUGCUGAAGUUGAUGCUGGAACAACUACCGGAGCAGCAGGUUCUGAAACCGGCUCAACUAGUUCUACAGAAGGAUCCAAAAUGGAGAGUGGAAAUACCUCUAGAACAACAGCUGGUACUGACGGUACAGGUGCGUCAAAGACAGGUGAAGGAAGCUCAAGUGGAACAACAACCGGAUCAAAUGGUGAAGGUACAAAGUCAACAGACUCUACGGGAAGUUCACAAACAACUGGAGGCGCCAGUGGAACAAAAACCGAAACGGAUGGUACAGAUUCAGGAACAAGUUCUACAGGAGGAUCUCAAACGGAUGAAGGAAGCUCAAGCGGAACAACAACCGGAACCCAUGAAACUGAUUCUGGAUCAACAGAUACUACAGGAGAAACACAAACAAGUGGAGGUACCAGUGGAACAGCAACUGGAACAAAUGGUGCUAAUUCUGGUUCAACAGUUUCUACAGGAGAAACACACACGACUGGAGACGCAAGUGGAACAACCACUGGAACCCAUGAAACUGAUUCUGGAUCAACAGGGGAAACACAAACGAGUGGAGGUACCAGUGAAACAGCAACCGGAACAGAUGGUACUGAUGCUGGUACAAAAGACUCUACAGCUGAUUCCCCAACAACUGGAGGCACCAGUGGAACAACAACCACAACAGAAGGUACAGACUCUGGAUCUACAGGAGGUUCCCAAUCGAGUGGAACUACCGGUGGAUCAACAACUACUGUAACAGAAUAUUGUUGGACUCAAUGGUUCGACGAUGAAAAUGGUGGUGAUAUAUCAGCCUCAGUGGUAUACGAGAAUGAAUCUAUUGAAGAAAUCUUUGCACGAUAUCCAACCAUAAGCUGUCAGAAACCUACUGGAAUCCAAUGUCAAACAAUUGAUGGAAUUGCAUAUGACAAGACAUCACAAGUUGUGCAGUGCGACACAAGCUUUGGUUUAAGAUGUUCGAAUAAUGAAGGACAAACAUGUUUCAACUAUAAGAUUCGACUCAUAUGCGCUGAAUUAUGUAGCCAACAUGUAAUAACAGAUUCUGGUACGAUGGUCGGUCCAGGUGAAGUUGAUGCUGGAACAAUGACCGGAACAGAAGGUUCUGAAAGCGGCCCAACUGGUUCUACUGAAGAAACCAAAGUAGGUGGAGACACUUCUGGAACAACAAGUGGUACUGACAGUACAGGCUCCGGAACUUCUCAUUCAACAGCUGGGUCGGAGACGAGUGAAGGAGGCUCAACCAGAACAACAACCGGAACCCAUGAAACUGAUUCUGGAUCAACAGAUACUACAGGAGAAACACAAACAAGUGGAGGUGCCAGUGGAACAGCAACAGGAACAGAUGGUACUGAUUCUGGUUCAACAGUUUCUACAGGAGAAACACACACGACUGGAGACGCAAGUGGAACAACCACAGGAACCCAUGAAACUGAUUCUGGAUCAACAGGUACUACAGGAGAAACACAAACAAGUGGAGGUGCCAGUGGAACAGCAACAGGAACAGAUGGUACUGAUUCUGGUUCAACAGUUUUUACAGGAGAAACACACACGACUGGAGACGCAAGUGGAAAAACAAGCGGAACCCAUGAAACUGAUUCUGGAUCAACAGAUACUACAGGGGAAACACAAACGAGUGGCGGUACCAGUGGAACAACAACUACUGUAACAGUUUCCUGCUCAAGUAUUUGUUCUUUCAUCAAGACCUCUUUGUUUAAUGUUUGCCGUGAUGUAAUAGAUAUUGAUAAAUAUUAUGCUAUGUGUUCAGAAGGUGACGCUUGUAAUCCAGGUUUUGCUUGCUCUGUGAUAAGUGCUAUGGUUGCUGAAUACGAACAGAAAUCAUUUACCUGCCUUAGUUGGAGGAAAGCUGUCGGAUGUGAUACAACGUGUCCUUCUGGAUUUGAAUUCAUGGAAUGUACAUGCUUCAAUUCUGGAUGUAGUUUGGGAGUCAGAGAUGAGUGUGAACCGUGGCAGAAAAGAUCAGGAUGUGGAUGCACUGAGGGCUUCCAGUUUAAGAACGGAGCUUGCCUGCUUUGUGAUCCUUAUGAGGCUGAAAUGCAGACAACUGUUUUGCCAUCGUUAUCAUGGAAAUCAGGAAACUGUCGCUACCGUCGAGUGGAGAAGGUACAUCAAUUAGAAUUGGAGAAUGGAUCGGUGUGUGAGGCAACGUUUCCCAUUGACGAAUGUAGCGGGAAAUGUGCGUCAAGAUCGGCUACGAGCAUUCUGGUUCAAGAUAUGUUUGUGUCGCGCUCUGAGACAUGCGGUUGUUGCAGACCAUAUCAGCCGACAAGGUCAUCUAUGCAAGUCCAGUGCGACAGUGGUGGCGCUGUGAUGGAAAUUAGUGUCGAAACUUUUGAUAGCUGUCUUUGCGAACAAAAUAGAGAAUGCAUCUUUGAGGACUGAAUUAUGUCUAAAAAUUACCAGAUUCAAGAACAUUAAACAAUUCAUAAAAAUCAAUGAAUGAAACACCCACACUUCCCCUACCCGGUUUUUAUUUGUGAACACAUAAUGAUAUUUUUAACUUAUACGGUUAUACCUUCAUAGCCUUACGAUUUAAUGCAAUUGAUUAUACUUUCAAUACAGCUUUUGUCAUAAAUAUUAUGAUUACCUUUGCGUAUUAACAUUUUCCACAAUAAAUAUUUUAUUGCAGAAUUAACCCUUUACAAACCAUAAGUUGAAGAGAUAAUUCAGAAUAGGCAUAAGUAUUUUAUAGUUGCAUUGUGAUUUGCACUAAGUAAAAGUAAAAUAAAUUUAAAACCAUUUGUAAAAACGGA